UUUGGAUUGCUGCUCCUUGCUUGCCAAUAUAUAUACAUUAACCCUAAAGGGAGUGUGGCCCGAAUUAUACUUAAUCUUUAAUCCAAAUUUGUUGGUGUUUACUACGACAUGACUCUCUCGAGGAAAACCAAUCGCGAAAACAUUGGUAUCAUAGGGAUGGAACUCUAUUAUCCCAGAAAGUGCGUAAAGCAACAUGCUUUGGAAAAAUAUGAUGGUGUCAGUCAGGGUAAGUACACUGUGGGCCUUGGCCAAACAACUAUGAGUUUCUGUGAUGACAGAGAAGACAUUAUUUCUAUAUGCUUGACAGUAUUAGCAAAACUUGUUAAAAACUAUAAAAUAGACUACACUCAAAUAGGUCGACUAGAGGUAGGGACAGAGACAAUUUUAGAUCACUCAAAGUCGGUAAAGACAAACCUCAUGCAACUUUUUGAAGAAAGCGGAAAUACUGACGUAGAAGGCCUUGACACCACUAACGCAUGCUACGGGGGGACGCAGGCUCUCUUCAAUUCGUUGGCUUGGAUCGAAAGCUCUGCUUAUGACGGCCGCUAUGCCGUAGUAAUAUGCGCUGACAUUGCAGUGUAUGCCGCCGGCCCCGCACGCCCCACUGGCGGUGUCGCGGGGUGCGCCAUGCUAGUCGGACCGGGUGCACCCAUUGUAGUCCAUUCCACUGCUAGGGUCAGUCAUUUUCGGCACGCUUAUGAUUUUUACAAGGCUGAGAUGUGCUCCGAAUAUCCUACGGUAGACGGAUCGCUAUCCAUUAACUGUUAUUUCGAGGCCAUAGAGGUGAACUAUAGUCGUUACGUGGCCAAGCAAAGGCAUCUCUCCGCCAGCGCCGAGAGCCACCGAGAUGUAUCUUGCUCUGGUAGCCCGCUUGACUGGAUCGCCGAUUUUUAUUGCUUCCACUCGCCCUUUACCAAACUGGUGAGGAAGUCCUUUGCUCGAAUGCUUCAUAGCGACUUCAAGGUUGACCCCAACUGCUUCAAAUUUGAGGGUGUUCAGGAGAGUGCAGACAGAGAUAAAACGUUUCUUGCAUUGUCUGAAAAGCAGUUCUGUGAAAAAGUCGAGCCGUCACUGCUGCUUGCCAAAGAACUGGGAAAUACCUACACGGCUUCGUUAUACUGCGGGCUGAUCUCGCUUAUAGCAGCGCGGGGGAGAAACCUUUGCGGAAAGAAAGCUUGCAUGUUUUCCUACGGCUCUGGCUUCGCCUCCUCGAUGUUUCCCAUAGAAUUUUGUGACCCUGAAGCACAAGUGUAUCGCCAUUUCGAGGGGUUAGCCAAGGAAUUAGAACACCGCUUAGUCUUGUCCCCGGAAGUUUUCGUAGAUACUUUGAAAAAAAGGGAGGAGGCGCAUGGCAUGGCACCGUAUAGACCCACCGGCUCUGUAGAUGACCUUGCUUCCGGCUCUUACUAUCUGGAGGCUGUGGACGAGAAGCGAAGAAGGACUUAUUGUUUAAAGCAAUAA